CCAUUUUUCUUCUCUUCACUUCUUUCAUUUGUAGUCUUCUUUGGCUUUGCCUCUUUGCCUUAGCUUAUUCCCACAGCUCUCAACCUUUAAUGGCAUAAAUUCAUCUCCUCAAAACUCCAUUCGCAUAUUAAACUCUUCAUUGUGAUCUGUUCUUUUCUAUAUUUUCUUUCUGACCAGUUUUUUCUACUGGCAAAUAAUAUUUAGCUUCUCUACUUCCAUCACUUUUCAACCUUUAACACUUCACAAUAUUAACCCAUCUGAAUAUUGUUGUUCCUUUGUUUUUUUAAUUGGUUUUAUGAGAUUUUCAAAAAUGGUUUUUGGUUAAAGAUGCAAAUAGUGGCUGAUUCUUGAAAAAUCCGCUUCUUUAGGAUUUUUUUUUUGGAGUGCUACAUGCUAUUUUAAGGCCUCUGAGCUUUAGAUUUGUAGAAGAAGUCUUCAGGUGCAGAAUUUCCAGCUUUGAACAAUGGGCAGAGGAAGAGGAAAGGCAAAGAAGCAAUCUGUUCGUGACGAUAUUGGAAGUGGUGAAGAAGAGAAGAUACCAGUGCGGAGAAGGGGAAGACCACUGAAACCACUAAAGGAUGACGGUGAGGGGAAAUUAGAAGAAAAUGAGGGGAAAUUAGAAGAAGAUGAAGAUGACGGUGAGAAUACCAAAGGUUCUGUCUUAAAUAAAGAUGUCAAGAACCAAACUGCAGUGAGUAUUGGAAAAAAGAGGAAGAGAACUUCACAAGUCAAGGAAGCAGAUCCAGUGAAAGUGGAAAAUGGUGUUGUGACUAAAACUAACUCCAAUGACUUAAUAAAGUCGGUUGGAUUUAGACAAAAUGGGAGUAGAAGGAAAAACAAGCCUAGGCGAGCUGCUGAAGUUGGUGUAGAGUGCAGAUGAACGGUUCUUUUUGCUAUUGAGGACUAAUUCUAUGCUGAUUUACAUGUGCUUUUCUAUUUUGCCUCUUGUUAUCUUUUCUAGGUUUUUGAAAUUUAGCUAAAAUUUUCUGAAGAACUGAAUUUUUGUGUGGAUUUUUGCGGCAAAUUCUAAUAUUCUUCAAUGUGCUGCUGCUGCUAGCAAGUUCCAUAUGUCAUGGAAAACUAAACGAUAUUUUGCCCAUGCACUCUAAUCUUUGUCACCUUUGAUUUUAUAUAUUUGAUAUGCUUCUUUGAUUUCAAAUCUCUUUCUUUGGAUGUAUUAAUUGAAGUGCUAGUACUUUAGACACAUGACUAGUUACUGCAAAUGCCAAAAAGAAACAGCUCCCAGGGACUGACUGAGGUGGCGAAUGAAGCUAGCUGAAGACCCAUUGUUGCUGUGCUGAAUGGAGGGAAUAUGUUCGUUGGAUUUUAGAGUCAGUAUGAUACUCUCCUUUGCUUUGUUUUGACUGAUCGAUUUAUUCCCAUGAUGCUUUUUAUUAUUCGUUUAAAACUGGAAACAUUUUUCCAUUUACAGCUAACAAAAUCCAUGCACUUGUCUGGUUUUUGCCUACUGAACAUGAUGGUGUAACAGCUAGUGAAAAAGUUAUGUGAUAUGUAGAUAUGGCUUCUACUUCCAAAACAUGAUGAUUAAGGAUGUAGGCUUGGCUUAUACCUCAUGUGAUAGUGCUGGAACUUGUGGAUUUUAAGGUUCUUCUCAGUAUAUGUACACUCAGAAUCGCUAUUCUUGGGACAACUGAUUCCUUGUUCAUCUUACUCUCUUGAAAUAUAGCUCCUUUGAUGUGAUGCAAAUUUAUAUCUUACUAUUUAGCACUUGUCCUUGUUUCUCAACUCUUCAUCGGAGAUGACUAAGAUGUUAAUUCUGUCAUUGUGGCGUUGGAAUAUAGCGGGAAUGCUUCAUGCUGUAAAUUUGAAGAUAGGGGGCAGCUUACAUGCAUGUUGAAGAAGAUUUAAAUA